UGGCGGCAACAGGAACAGCCACGUGGAGCUUUGAGCGAGUCUGACCGUUAGCUGAUGUUCUAUGACGUGUAACGGCUUUAUUUAUUUUAUGAAUGAAACAUGGUGACGUCAAGAACGACUGAAGCUUAAACUAAACACUAACUCGCAAUGUUUACAUGUAUCAGCUGAGUGAGUGUGGUGGAGCAGCAGCAGGGUCCUGAGCAGCCAGUCAAGAUGGACACCGCUGAAGAAGGGGACAUCUGCCGGGUGUGUCGGUCGGAGGGCACCCAUGACAAGCCUCUCUACCACCCCUGUGUCUGCACCGGCAGCAUCAAGUUUAUCCAUCAGGAAUGCUUACUACAGUGGUUGAAACACAGCAGAAAAGAAUACUGUGAAUUAUGCAAACACAGGUUUGCAUUUACACCAAUCUACUCUCCAGACAUGCCAUCUCGCUUGCCAGUCCAGGACAUCUUUGCAGGGCUGGUCACCAGUAUCGGAACAGCCAUCAGAUACUGGUUCCACUACACACUGGUGGCCUUUGCCUGGCUAGGCGUGGUGCCUCUCACAGCAUGUCGUAUCUACAAGUGUUUAUUUACCGGCUCUGUGAGCUCUCUCCUUACCCUGCCCUUAGAUAUGCUCUCAACACAAAACCUACUUGCAGACUGCCUCCAGGGCUGUUUCGUGGUCACUUGCACGCUGUGUGCCUUCAUCAGCCUGGUGUGGCUCAGAGAGCAGAUUGUCCACGGUGGCGCCCCCCAGUGGUUGGAGCAGAACCCACCGCCUUUAGUUCCCAACCAGCCUAACGGUCCUGCACCAGCUAAUGAGGUUCCAGGUGGCGUCAACGCCCAGGCUGCUGCUGCAGACGCCCAGCACCCGGCGGACCUCGGCCCAGACGGGCUGGCACCUGCCAACCCACAUGAAGCUGGAAACCACGAAGACGAGGAUGAGCUCGAUGAUGAGGAAGAAGAUGACGACGAGGAGGAAGACGAAGAGGAUGAGGAUGAUGAGGAAGGCAGGGAAGAGGAUGCUGCUGAUGCCAAUAAUGGAGGACCAGAAGAUUUGAACUGGAACGCCCUGGAGUGGGACCGUGCAGCAGAGGAGCUGACCUGGGAGAGGAUGCUUGGGCUGGAUGGCUCCCUAGUUUUCUUGGAGCAUGUGUUCUGGGUGGUGUCUCUCAACACACUCUUCAUCCUGGUCUUUGCGUUUUGCCCCUAUCACAUCGGCCAUUUCUCAGUGGUUGGACUUGGCUUUGAAGACUAUAUCAAAGCGUCACACUUUGACGGCCUUGUCACCACCAUACUGGGGUACAUCCUCCUGGCUGGAGCGCUCAUUGUCUGCCAUGCGUUGGCUUCAUUAGUGAAGUUCCAGCGGUCCAGACGUCUCUUGGGCGUCUGCUACAUUGUUGUCAAGGUGUCCCUGCUGGUUGUCAUGGAGAUUGGUUUGUUCCCGCUGAUUUGUGGUUGGUGGCUCGACAUUUGCUCACUGGAGAUGUUCGAUGCGACUCUGAAAGACAGAGAGCAGAGCUUUGACUCGGCCCCUGGCACCACCAUGUUCCUCCACUGGUUGGUCGGCAUGGUCUACGUCUUCUACUUCGCCUCCUUCAUCCUUCUGCUCAGAGAGGUGCUCCGGCCAGGUGUGUUGUGGUUCCUGAGGAACCUGAACGAUCCAGACUUCAACCCAGUCCAAGAGAUGAUCCACCUGCCCAUCUACAGACACCUGCGGAGGUUCAUUCUCUCUGUGGUGGUGUUUGGCUCCAUAGUUCUGCUGAUGCUUUGGCUGCCAAUCAAAAUCAUUAAACUUUUCUUCCCAACCUUCCUGCCCUACAACGUCAUGCUUUACAGCGGCGCCCCCGUCAGCGAGCUGUCUUUAGAGCAACUGUUGCUUCAAGUUGUUCUGCCGGCGUUGCUGGAGCAGGGUCACACUCGCCAGUGGCUCAAACGGCUCGUCCACGCCUGGACGUACACAGCUGGAUACAUGCUAGACCUUCACUCCUACCUGCUUGGGGACCACGAAGAUGAUGAUGAACAUCAACUAAACAACAACCUCGGUCGCCAUAACAACAACAGGUUCCCUGGCCUGGGGGAGGGGCUUCACGCUGCCCAUCAGGCCAUUCUGCAGCAGGGCGGUCCUCUGGGUUUCCAGUCGUACCACCGGCCAAUCAACUUCCCCCUCAAGAUCAUUCUGCUGGUCGUCUUUAUGUGUGUGACACUGUUACUGGCUAGCCUGAUCUGCCUUACACUGCCGGUGAGUGCGGGGCGCUGGCUCAUGUCGUUCUGGAUGGGCAGCGCCAUGGUUCAUGAGCUGUACACGGCAGCCAGCGGUCUGUACGUCUGCUGGCUCGCCAUACGAGUCGCCACGGUGAUCCUGUCCUGGAUGCCACAGGGACGGACCAUCAUCCUGCUCAAAGUCCACGAGUGGACUCUCAUGAUCGUAAAGACCGUUGUGGUGGCCGGGCUGUUAGCUGGCGUGAUUCCUCUGCUGUUGGGUCUGCUGUUUGAGCUGGUCAUCGUUGCUCCUCUCAGAGUCCCACUGGACCAGACGCCCCUCUUCUACCCCUGGCAGGACUGGGCCCUGGGUGUGCUCCAUGCUAAAAUCAUUGCUACCGUCACUCUAAUGGGUCCUCAGUGGUGGCUGAAAACGGUCAUCGAGCAGGUGUACGCUAACGGAAUCAGAAACAUUGACCUCCUUUUCAUCGUGCGCGGGCUGGCCGCUCCAGUCAUCUGUGUGCUGCUGCUGUCUCUCAGCGUGCCCUACACUAUCUCUAAAGGCAUCACACCACUGCUGGGCGUGCAGCCAGAGAUGCAGACGCUGGUGGACAGGAGGAUCUAUCCCUUCCUGCUGAUGAUUGUCUUGCUGUUGGCCAUCCUGUCCUUCCAGAUACGACAGUUCAAACGCCUUUAUGAGCACAUCAAGAACGACAAAUACCUGGUUGGACAGCGUCUGGUGAACUAUGAGCGUAAGACGGGCAGGGGGACGUCCAGCUCGUCCUUCAGCUCCUCGUCAUAGAGCCCAGCUGACUCUGAGAGCUUUCAUCAGCUCCUGGGGUGAAAUCGUUUUUUUUUUCUCCUCUGUGCUCGGCUGUCAAACACGAGCUCUAAACUUUUGAUUCCUUAUUCACCGACGCCUCCUGCUGUCAAAGGUGGGGAGACAAAGACAUUGAGGAGUGAAGACUGAACAGUCUCGAAACUUUUUGUGGGAAAAAUCUGAAUUUCUGCAGGUUGAUUUCAGCGUGAUAGAAACUCAGCAGAACCACACGGUUGUUGACUGUCCAUCCCGUUUAAUGUGUCCAUUUUUAUCUUCAACGCAGCUGACAUUUUAAGUUGUAAUUAUAUUAUUUUAAAUCUAGGUUUGAGUUGAAGUCAGGUCAGUUGAGCAUAGAUUUUACCUCAGAUUGUGCUUCCCUUUGAAUGUUUGUUGUGGAUUAUUGUCUAUCUCACACAGAGUGUCUCUUAAUUGGACGUUGUUUUUUUUACAUUUCAGAGCCUUAGAGGUGAUAAAUCACAGGUUCAGAUUGAGGUUGUCAGUGAUGAGGAGGGACACAUGAUGUAGCAAUGUGAUUGUAUUUUUUAGUUUUUUUUAGAUGUUUUUUAUUAGACAAUGAUUUUUAGUGUUACAUAUCUGGAUUGAGCUGUUAGGUUAAGAUGUGAAAAAAAGAAGGAAAUUCAUUUUUUGACAAUCUGGAAACAGCCCAUGACUUUUUUUUAAUGAUUUUUUUUCUUAAGAUGCUCUCCUGUGAAAUUUAAAAACAGUCUGGGUUGUGUCAAACCUCCAGGAGAUGAGAGGUCACUCAGAGGUUUUAACUACGGAUAUUCAAACUGGAAAAAACAGCCGAAGAACAAUUCAGAAUGUGCCUGUGUUGCAUCCUUAGGCUGUCUCUGAUUUUAUCAGAAUAAAUAUUUCUGUAGAGUAAAAAAAAAAAAAAAAAUAGUUGUUGCUGCUAAUCAGCU